AUGAAUUUCAGGUUGGCGACGAUAUUGGCUCUUGCGGCUGGGUACGAGUAUGAGUGUUUGGGAGUGCCUGUGAGAUUGUGGGUCCAUCAGGGGUGGAGAGAGUCAGGGUUUGCGGACAUUGGAGCAAACCGUGAAGUGUAUUUGCAGUGGGCGGACGUGCUGAGAAACAAUAUUAAGGAUUUCGAUUAUGGCUUCAGCACCUUUAUGGACCGCCUAGACCAAUGCACGUCAGUUUAUGCCAUACCACAUGAAUUCGGCGAGGGCUGGUGGGAUCCUAAGAUGAGUGAUAUUUUUGAUGCUUGGGACCGGCCUCAAAAACCGAGUGAGGGGGACGAUGGACCGGAGGACUCUCUGUCCUUCAUCCCAGAGCUCGUGAAUAGGCAAUUUGUGCCCUACACGGCGGAUGAGCUCAAGAUCCUCAUCAUUGUGACGGACGACUACGGGAAAUACCACGAAACAAAAGCUCCGGAUGACGACGACGACUCCCAGACCACCGACGACUCCCAGACCACCGACGACGUCCACCCCACCAACCCUGCUCUGGAAGGAAACAUCGUAUGGACGGCUACCGCGGACACCCCGUGCGACACACAGUACCAAUACUUCAAGCCCCGCAUCAUACUGAACGGACUCAAGGAGAACAAUAUCCAUACGGUGGUGUUGUGCACAUCGGACACGGUUUGCCAGUGGUGGGAUAAUUUCUUCCGCUCUAACAAGUGGGACCCCAGCCAAGGUGACUACUCCGUACAGCUCACAAACUCGUCUGCCCAAAACGUUUCGGACGGAAUCGUUAGAGCUGUCGACGACAUCAACU